AUGUCUGCGACGAAGAUACUCCUUCCCAUUUUAUUCAUCACACUUAUACUACAUACGCACUUAAUAACUGGCGAAUGUAAGUAUUUACAAAAUGGUUACACACUAAGUAGGAAUUCGCACAGCACCACGCUACAGACAAACUGGAAAAGCAAUUCUCUCUACCUCAAGAAGAGCCUCCUUACCUUCAGGCGGGGUCGGCAACGACAUGUCUCUGCAUUCCUCGUUUUCGACAUAAUUAAGAUUUUCGGGCGCCUGUCUGACCAAGAAUUAUUAGGCCACGUUAUUUCGCACAACAAUGAUUUUAUAGAGCUGAACAAAAAUCAAAAAAAAAAAAAAAAAUGGCAGAAAUUAUUCCUUCCUAAAAACCACACCUUAAAUUUCGAAAGUUUUAAAAACUUUCUGAGACAGGCUGAAUUCGAAUGGCCCCUCACUAUCAAUACUGGGCAAAUAAAGAACCAGGGCUCAAUUAGCAUCCCUGUGUCCCCGAUCGUUUAUGUAGAGAACUGUCGAAAAAUUAGCGAGUUCGUCAAGAGCAAAAACAAAAACAAAAACAAAGUUAUCAACACGGGUAGCAGCGUGGGAAUGAACACGGCCACCGGCACAGGCACCAAUGCAGCCAUCAACACUGGAAAUAAAAUUAAUUUAAAAAUAAUUAACGACUAUGUGAGUGAGCAACCCAUUUCCAACGAUGCAAUGCAAUGCGUCUUUUCCUCCUUUAGCGACCUCCCCGAACUAACGAAGGAUCAGUUCAUAAGCAGAAUUCACGAGUGGGCCCCGUCAGAUGGGAUAAUCGACUGGUACACCUUCGUUUACAACUUGAAGGAGGAGCCCUCAGACAAUAUUAAAAGAUUUUUUGACUGA